UCUUAGGGUUUGGGCGCGGCUUAGCUGGAGCGAUCGACUGAUCGCUGAGGUUUCGAUCGAUCUAGAGCCGCAUUCUAGGUAGCUUGCAAGAUUUGUCACGGCGAUGGAUGGAAUCGAAGCUGUGUAUGGAUCUUCCCGCGGAGCUCUUCGAAAUCUCACCAAUCGGACGAGGCGGCCCGGCCCCCCGGGGGGCCUGACGUUCGAUCCGUUUGUCUGGGAGGAUAAUCAGCAUCGCGGAGGCGGGGCAUGGCUUUCCAGGACGCCGGUGCGUUGGGAUCGCGAGAUUCAAGAGAUUUCUCCCGCCGGUCCGGUGGGAUCUCCGCGAGAGGCCAGUCCUUCUGGCGUCCAGAACCUCAUGCUCAAUGCCAAGGACAAGGAGGCUUUGCUGGAAGAGUCGAUCAGGCUGAAGCAAGCGAUCCACUGCCAGGAUUUCUUUCUUCGCCGGGACAAGGUCCACGUUUCAACUGUGGAGAUUGAGAAUCGGAAGCUCGGGUUUGAUAUCAAAGACAUGGAAACGCAAGGAAACAUCAAGUCUCCACCCCGUGGAAGAAGCAUACGUACCAGACUUAAAGGUAGAAGGAAAAUCUAGCGUAGCUCGAGGUUUUUUUCUUUUCAUAGAACUUACAAUGCUCCUUGUUCUCUUUUUUUUUCUCUCUUACGCAGGACUAAAGAUAAGAUACGAAGACAUGCGAGCUGUGUGCGACGCGCAAUUUGACGAGCUAUCCACGCUGCGAAGGGAUUCACGGCCAACGGCGAUUCAAGCUUGUCAUAAAAUCUCAGGAAAUGGAGAUGGACCGAGACGCGCUGCACUCUGAGGUUUCCAGGUUGCACAGAGACGUUACCGGGUUGAAAGCAGUCCAAAACGCUCUCAAAUGCGAGCAGAAAGGCUUGUUUUGCAUCAAGGAGAAGGCAGACGAGCUGGAAGAAGUCAACCACACUUUGGAAAAAUGCAUGGACGCCGUAAACAAGGAGCUUGCAAGAACAAGCCACGACAUGGUUGUGUUCAACCAGAAAAUGAUCGAAUCGGGCCUGGAGGCGAGAAGAAAUGCAAAGAGAUUCAAAGACUUGGAGGAACACACGGCAGCACUGAAGAUCCUUAUCGAGAGGGAGAAAUCCGAGAGGAUAGAUCUGGACAAACAGCUGGUGGGAUUGGAGCAGCAGGUCAAAAAGGCCGACCAGGAGCUAGUUUGCAAAGCAACAACAAAGCCCAAGGACGAACCUCUCGCGAGCGCAGCGUCAAAGCAAGGAACCGCCGCCGCCACUACUGCUACUGCCGCCAAAGGACUGAAGAAGGCUGCGAGCAAACCACCAACACCAACGCCGGGAAAGCUAGAUCCGGCGCUCAAACCAUCGACAGCUCCAGCUCCAUCGAGAUCCAGAGCCGCGACGACCAAAGCGAGCUCGAUCAAGCCCGCUGCGUCAACCAAAGUUGCUGCUACUAGUACCACUGGAGUUUCCAAAAAGCAACGAACUUGACUAUGUGUUAGAAUGUGAGG